UAGUUUCCGGAAUGUAUUCUCUGCAUUUGUUGCUCAUUUUGGCAAUCUUUGAUUUGGGUUUUCACGUGAAAAGUGCAGUGGAAACCGAUAGUAACACUCAAACUUUGUCUCGAAAGAAGCGUUUGCUGCUAUUUCCCGUUAACGGUCAGGUCGUGAUCACAGUCUCCGGCGCCAAAUCGAUGAUCUACAAAUCUCCCGGCCUUGGCUUCACCGUUCUCGAGAUGGACAUGUACUACCCGCUGCCCGAUUACCGGUUCCGUUUCUCACAGUUCCGACUGGGCGAGAUUGCGAUGCUGCCAUCGGUGGCUCCUCCUCCACCACCUACGACGACAACCCCAAGUACGACAACAGCAGCAGCAGCAGUACCGGCCAGUUCUGGAGAUCACCACGAUGGUCACGAGGUCUCAGCCAUGGAAGUUCAGCAGUACCUGAAAGAUCACCCUGAUACAUGGGUACCUCCGGGAUACGGCAAGGAACGCUCAGACUGGUUCCCAGCUGGAACGUACAAUCCGUACGCAAACAAAUGGCAGCAAAGCUAUUCAAAUCCAAAGUACCGCCAACCGUACAGUAGAAAAGGAAGCUACCUGUCGAAUCGACGAAAAGCUUGGAGUUCUAGUCCAGCCAACAAUCAUCAGUACAUACCAAGGAUGAAGCGAUCCACGGAACAACCGGAACCUGACGAAGGCCAGUAUGAACUUGAAGAAGAGCCAGAUCGCUUCAACAUUAGCCACCUACGUGACUGGGAGCACUUUCAUCACUACCGAGAACGUCGUGAGCUGUUUCACACGCUGGAAACGGGACUUGGCAGCAAGUUCGAUAUUCCGAUGAGAGCUUGCCUGAUGAGAUCGAUUUGCGAAGCACGUGGGUUACUUCUUCCACGGGGAAAAUCCAUGAUAACAGACAUUGUACGGAUCAUACUAAACGUUCCACUGAGGGCAGACUUACAAGAUGACUACAGCAAAGCCAUGAGAGAUGAUGGUGCCGAUUGUCGGGAGUUGUACGGCAGAAAUUGUCCAAUCAGUCUGCUGUAUCUGCUGUUACUGGGGAAAUUUGUGCCGUAAUGCAAUGAGGAGAUCUUUGGAUAAUU